AUGUCUGACGCUUUCAACAAUUAUUGCAUUGCCUGUGACCAGUUGUGCUCUCCACACUCGGUCUACUGCUCAGACUCAUGUCGUGAACGUGAUGAGCACCCCCAGGCCUCCUCCUUGAAGCUGGCGGACAUUGUCUCCCCCUUGCUCACACCUUCGUUAUACCAGCCUCUGUCCGACUCGGCGCUGGAGUCAGCUAGUCUGUUCACCACGCAAGAGCUCAACAACCUGCCAUUGCUUUUGGCGCUGGAGAUGAAGGAGUCGGACGUGCGGGACUUUUCGCUAAAUUAUUCGGUCAGCCAGGCGCCUCUGUUGGGGCCCUUGGCGUCCACGUCGCACAACUACAGGUUGUGGCUCGGCGUGUUGUAA